AUGUCCGAUGACGUUCUCCGCAACGCCUUGAUGUAUCAAAACAGUCGUCAAACUUGCCCCCUGCUCCAGUUGAAGAAACCCAUGCGAAAAUCGUCGAAAGCUGCCUCAGUGACGUCAGCAGGAUCGAGGAAAUCUGCGAAAGCACAUCUAGAGCUGCAGUUACAGAGACUUGUGGCGGAACAGACGCUGUUGGAGGAAAAGAAAAAGUUGAUGGAGAAACACUUCAACAUUCUCGAGGAGCUGGUCGAUCUUGAUGACGAAGAAGCAGCGGAAGAGGAAGUGGACGCUAAUGCAAAGGCACAGAACUGUGUAGAAGAAGAGUGCUCUGACGACGAAGAAGAGGAAGAAGGUGGAGAAAAAGAUUCCAGCGAUGAUUUCGAGGAGGAAACGGAGAUAGACAGCAGCGAUGACUCUAGUGAGGACGAAAAGGAAGGAACUAACGAUGUCAACUUCAAUCCGAAGGAUCGUUCUACGCCAGCGAAGAAAGGCGAAGCAAGCCAAAACACGCAACCCGUAACCGAUUAA